GUCUCCACUGGGAAUUAUUUAAAGUAUAGUAUGACGGAUUUUUCGCUUUGGGCACACCCCCACUGGAACUCUAGAACCCGGCCUUGGCCGGGCUAUACGCUAGUUCUAAAUAAAUUGUACCAGCCGGAAAAGGUUGAAAUAGCAAGUAAAGAAUUUGGCAAUUUCCUAUUUCAAGCAAAUCUAGGCAGAAUAAAUGCCGUGGUGGACAUACUUUUGGGGAAGGCUGCUAGAAGACCUAAUAUUUGUGGACAAUACGCAAAAUUAAUCCUACGGUUUAGCACAUCCCAAAAUCCAGCAGCCAGAAAUGUGAGGAUUCAAAUUAUCGAGGGAUGCCAACAGGAAUUUCAUGUUCUUCGAAAUGAGAUUGAUAAAAUACGUGGUGCCGAGGAUAACCUGAAGAAAUUGGGCAGUGGGGUCUCUUACGAAAAAUUGAAAGCUGAGCUAGACGUAUUUAAGCCGAAAACUAGGAAUCGUUCACUUGGAAAUGUCCGUUUUAUCGGAGAGUUAUUCAACCUUUCAUUAAUAACGAAUAAGAUGCUCAUGGAAAAUUGUGAAACGUUAUUACAAAUGAAGGAUGAGGUGAACGUGGAGACUUUGUGCGUACUGAUCACAACCGUUGGUGCCAAGUUGGAUAGUAGAUUACAAAAAGUUACAACAAGGGGAAAUUCCUCCACCCAGACAAACUCGAUGGGAGAACCAAUUUACUUAUCUACAAAUUGGAUAACUGCUACCUUCGAAAUGUUGCAUGCUCUUUCUCGCGAUGAAACGCUUUCAUUAAUGACCAGAAUUAAAAUAUUUGGGGUUUUUGAGCUUCGUAUGAACAAGUGGAUCCGGAACGAAUCCCUGGGGGAAAUUUUGGAAAGCCCAAAUUCAGACAAUUUAUCAAAAUAUUGGCCACCACAAUGGAAUCUAAGCAAGCAGUCCAGAGAAAAUGGAAUGCACAGUAGCCAUACGAGAAUCGAAGAAGUAGUGGCGUGUCAAAAUCAAGCAAACGGCUUUACACCAUCUUCUAACAUUACGGAAUCCUUAAAAUACUCUUCCAUGUAUUUAAAUUUCGACCGCAUGUUGAAACAAUUGCCUACAGAAAUUGUUGAAGAUUUGAACAUGCAAAUCACUGCAAUUAUUUAUCAACGACUAAAACAUCACAAACAAUUGGAGUCCUCUGAUUAUUAGAAUCUGUUUAAAAUGAACUGAAUUUGACCCCGCAUGUAUUAAUCUUCUUACUUUUAAUUGUAAUUUUAUAUUGGUAUAUAUUUACAUACAUGUAACAUUUAUAUGAAUACUUGAGAAAGUUAUUAGUGUUUGAUUGUAAAAAUUGAACUUUUUAAGAGUAUGUAUCUGAAGAUAUUUUUGUAUAGGCAACGAUAUACAAUUGCUAAAGGUUAAUACAUUUUACCAGUUGAACAAUACGCACUUUUUGCUUUGUAAUAAUAGACUUGAGUACAAAAUUAAUCAUCUUAUUCCAAUCUUUCUUUAAUCAAAAUCAAGACUUUUUCCGUACUACGUCCUACCAUGCCUAUCGUUCGUAAUUGCUUUAAAAUUGAGCCAUGAAAUCAAUGAAAUGUCUGUUAGUCAAUGCCCAAAUUGCUUUC